AUGUCUUCUAGUCAAUCACCCAAAUCAUCAUCAGCCAGUUCUGACAAGUCAUCUUCACAAUCUCAAGAGAGUGUAGCCAUUCGUUUUUUAAAUGCAGUCAUUGAUUUCAUGGCCAAGAAUCCUCAAUCACCUUCCGAGAUUUAUCAACUUCUCGCACAAACAGGAUCUGUCUUGUUGUUACAAUCCGAAGAAUUUCCCAAAUACAUGACUCGAUACAUUGAAAACAAAUUCGAAGAGGCCGACAAGGAACACUCCAACAAUGCUCUCAACAAUUUUCAAGCCAAAUAUCAAAUCGUGGUUCAACUUUUUAACUUGGCCACUUUUUUACAAAACGUUCGAUUGCCUGCCAUCUUACCUUUCAUGUCUCCUGUAUUGACACCUGAAGAACAACGAAAAGUAGAAUUUAAAUUGGAGGGAGCACCACUUGUCAAGCAAUAUGAUUUUCAUCAUUUUCAAGAAAUUUCCAUUGCCACUUUGGAAUGUUUGUUACAAUCGAAUCGAUCACCCAUUCAAACUGCCGAUUAUCGAGAAGCCAAUCAUUCCAACAACAAGACCAAAAUUCCUCCUCAUAUUCUCAAUGACGUGAGAUUUUCAUUAAUGGCACCAAAAAUUGAAAUUCAAUUAGCUUCUCUGUAUUUACAACGAUUGUAUCAUCCUUUUGAAGUUCUCAAAGAUAUGAAUCAUUUAUCUGAACAACAACAACAACAACAACAACAAUUUCCUCCAUUGUAUACCCAUAAUCAUGACAAAUUCUAUCGAUCCAGUAAUGAUGACAUUGCAUUAUAUUAUUUAAAAAGUGCUCUCAAUGUCAUUACUCCACAAAAUUCACCAGAUGAUUAUGCCGUAGCUUAUUCACAAAUGGCACAUCUUCUCAAACAAAAAAAGAAGUAUGAUGAAGCGAUUAAGGCAUUCCAGAAAGUAUUGGAAGUGAGAAAAGUCACCGAUUCGGAUCCAACUAAAUAUGCUUCAUUAUGUAUGAACAUUGCAAACACAUAUCUUGCAAAAGAAGAAGAAGCAUUUACUCGAUUCAAAGAAGAAUAUUCAUCUCACAAGGACGAUAUUGUUGUUAAAUUAUUUAAAGAAUAUUCCAUUAUUUUGAAAGAGAGCGUCUUGUUACACACUUCGAAUUUAACAACGUGUCAAGAACAAUGUGAAAAAUUUGAACAAGUGUCCAAAGAAUGGCUAAAAUCCAUCGAUUGUGCUAUUGAAUGGUUUGGAAAGAGUGAACAUGGUUUUAAACAACUCAAAAAACCACCUUCUCAUGAAAAGAAGGAACUCUCAACACAAGAUCAAUACAUUGGUCUCGUGAGUAUUAAUUUGGGAUAUGCACAUCUUCUCAAGACUAAAUUGUACAUGCAAAUCAUUUCCAAUUAUGAAUUGCUUUUGAAAACCAAAAAUACACAAAAGAAGAAUUUGAGUGAAACAAUUAAGAAGGCAAAAACAAGUGCAGAGAAUGGAAUUGUUGUGUUAAAAACAGCUCUGGAAGUCAUCAAACCAGAUGUUCACGAAAAGGAUUCGAUACUUCAAAAAGUUCGUCAUAUGGGAUCUGAAUCAUUUCCCAAAUUGAAUUUAUAUUUGGCAGAAUGUUACAUGUCUCUAUAUGUGUGUGAUCGUUGGUGUUGUUUAGAAAAUUCUGAAGCUAUGAAAGAAGGAAAUGAAAAUCUCCAUACUUAUUUAGAAGAAGCAAGAACAUGUUUAGAUUUGGGAAGUUCUCUCUUCAUGAAAAAAGAAAUGAAAGAUUGGAGAGUGAGAUUGAAUGUUUUACUUUUUGAAGUUUAUUUCAAAUCAAGUCAUGGAAGUGAAACUCCAAAAGAGAAAAAGGAACAAUUUUUGGAGAGGAGCAUGACUGCUCUGAAAGAAGCUGUCAAAGAUAAGGUUCAACAAGAUGACGAUGUUGUGACCUAUGAUGUGGAUAAUUUUUUGAACAAGUAUUUAGAGAGUUUGAGCUUGAGUGAUUGA